AUGUCGCUCGUGACUCGGAAGGCAGUGUACCCGUACGAGUACACAGAUAGUUGAAGCAGGUUGGAUGAAGAGAGACUACCGAGGAAGAGGGACUUUUAUAGCACGUUAAACGAGUCGGGAAUAAAGGAAGAGGAAUACACGCAUGCAAAGGAGGUCUGGGACCACUUCGGUUGCAAGACGUUGGGCGAGUACAGUGAUCUGUACUUGAAAAUCGACGUGUUGCUGCUGGCGGACGUCUUUGAAAAUUUUCGCGAUGUGUGCCUUAAGACAUACAACUUGGACGUGGCGUAUUAUUUUACUGCACCAGGAUUAAGUUUUGACGCGAUGUUGAAGUUUACCGGGAAAAAGUUGGAGCUGUUGAGUGAUUACGAUAUGUUAUUAAUGUAUGAGAAUGGUAUUCGUGGUGGAUUAGUGCAGGCAAGCAUGAGACAUGCCAAAGCCAAUAAUAUAAAGACCCCAGACUAUGACGAAACUAAGGAGAAAUCGUGGUUGAUAUACCAGGACUGUAAUAAUCUCUAUGGCUGGGCUAUGUGUCAGUAUAUUCCAUACGGUGACUUCAAUUGGGUUGAAUCCAACUUGAACGGACUGAGUGAGAUGUCACCAACGUCAGACAAAGGGCGAGUAUACGAAAUUGAUGUCUCAUACCCACAACAUUUACAUGAUAAACAUAAUGACCUGCCUUUACUGCCACAAAACGGUAUACCAUCAGGCUCAAAGGUGAAAAAAUUGAUGUCAACGUUUCAACAGAAGAAAAAUUAUAUUAUACAUUACCGGAAACUACAGCAGGCAAUUAAAAAUGGGUUAAUAGUUGAAAAAGUGCAUAGAGUUUUAGAAUUUAGCCAGUCUGCAUGGUUGGCGGAUUACAUUAACUUAAACACAGAGAUGAGGAAGAAGGCACAGAACGACUUUGAGAAAGACUUUUUCAAAUUAAUGAAUAAUGCGGUAUUUGGGAAGACUAUGCAAUCGAAAAGAAAGGAAAUGAAGAUGGAUUUGGUGUCGUGUGAGAGACGAUUACAAAAACUUAUUAAUAAGACAUCAUUUAAACAUGCUACCAACUAUAACGAAAACCUGAACGCGGUGGCACUAGAAAACAAAAUAAUCAAAUUUGAUAAGCCUAUAUAUAUUGGAUUUGCUGUUCUUGACAUUUCCAAGACGAAGAUGUACGAUUAUCACUACAACGUAAUGCAGAAGCACUAUGGUGAUAAUAUCAAACUUAUGUAUACUGAUACUGAUUCGUUGGUAUACCAUAUUAAAACUGAAGAUUUUUACAAAGACUUGAUUGAGAAUCCCAACUUGAUGGAUAGAUUAGACACGUCGGACUUGCCUCCUAUCCAUCCGUGCUACACUACAGCUAGGAAGAAGGUGCCCGGGUUUUUCUCUGAUGAAGCAAAAGGACAUAUAAUGACAGAGUUUUGUGCACUACGUGCAAAAUCAUACGCGUACAACAUAUAUACAGGAGAAGAGGAUGUGGUGAGAGAGCAGAUCAAGGCGAAGGGUGUAAGACAGCAUGUGGUUAAAAACCAUAUGACGUUGGAGGAUCAUGUUAAGUGUUUGUUCAGAGAUGAAAGUCUUGAUAAAUAUACAGAAAAUGUAUCCAUUCGCUCAUUCAAACACCAGCUAAUUACAAUCAAAACAAACAAAUUGACAUACAACAACUACGAUGACAAAAGAGUGGUGCUAGACGAUAAAAUACCUACACUGGCUCAUGGUCAUUAUAGUUUAGAGGAUGAUAACGAGCAGAUUGUUGAUUGGCCAGAUCAUGAGUUUACUGUAGACGUUGCUGGGCGUAUGUGGGAGGAAUCGGAUAAAGAUUUAAUGAGAUUACUUCUAAGGGAAUGCAUGUCAAAAUAAUUAAAUACUAUGUUUUUUUUUUGUUAUGUAUUGUAA